GCUCCGCACAGUCUGCGUACCUUCAACUCAGCUUUCGGAAGCCUCGCUUGCCUUCCCGUCGGAGUGACGCUUCGUGAAUGGAGAUGCGGACGGCGCAUGCGUAUCUCUUAAAGGGGAGGACUAGUAUUAAAGGGAAUGAAGACGGGAAAGUUCCGAGUUUGAGUAAUUCGGAGACAUGUAGGAAGCGCUUCUGAUUUCGGGGUUCGAGACCAGCCCGGUAGGACUAAGAGAUGAACAACUCCAUAACACCUUCAACAUAUGUACGCUGCCUUGGCUACAGCAUGAUGAGGCAACUGGCAGAUUUCAUUGAUCCACAGGAAGGGUGGAAGAAACUAGCAGCAGAUAUAAAAGAUCCAUCUGGUAUAGACAGAUACAACCAAAUGCAUAUAAGGAGAUUUGAAGCAUUAAAGCAUACAGGAAAGAGUCCCACCUGUGAAUUGCUUUAUGAUUGGGGAACAGUAAACUGUACAGUUAGUGAUCUGGUGGAUCUGCUGAUUAGAAAUCAGUUUUUAACACCAGCCAGCCUUUUACUUCCAGACUCUGUAAGUGUGGCAGACAGUGCUACAGUGACAUUACCUUUACAAGAAACUAUGCCAAAAUGUGACCUAAAAACUCCUUUAAAGAAAGAACAAAUGAUAUCUGUAGUGCCAUUCUCGACUCCAGAUGUUGGGCACCUUGCUGUGGCUUCUGGUAGCCUAGUGACAGAAAAGAACACUUUGCAUUUGAAUGACUCAGGGUUACAGAGUUUUUUGUUUCACAAGCUGCAAAGUGUUACAAAUAACUUUGAUGAUCGAAUGGUAUCCGCCGGUGGUAACAAACUGGGUGAAGGAGGCUUUGGAGUUGUGUACAAAGGAUGCAUUAAUGGCAGAACCGUGGCAGUGAAAAAACUUUGUGCUGUGGCUGAUGUAAGCCUUCAAGACCUGAAGCAGCAGUUUGAGCAAGAAAUAACGAUCAUGGCAAAAUGUCAGCAUGAGAACCUAGUAGAAUUGAUUGGUUUUUCUAGUGACUUGGACCAGCCAUGUCUAGUUUAUGAUUAUAUGCCCAAUGGAUCAUUACUUGACAGACUAGCUUGUCUGGAUGAUACUGCACCAAUUCCUUGGAGAACCAGGUGUAAUAUUGCUCAAGGUGCAGCCAGUGGCAUUUGCUAUUUACAUGAAAAUAACCACAUUCACAGAGAUGUUAAAAGUGCAAAUAUCUUACUGACAGAGGAGCUGGUACCUAAACUUUCUGACUUUGGACUUGCAAGGGCAUCAGUAAGGUUCACACAGACCAUCAUAACAGACAGAAUAGUAGGGACAGCUGCAUAUAUGGCACCAGAAGCUUUGCGUGGAGAAAUAGGCCCUAAAUCAGACAUUUUCAGCUUUGGUGUGGUUUUACUUGAAAUAAUAACAGGGCUUAAACCCAUGGAUGAAAACCGGGAUCCGCAAUUACUGUUGAGUAUCAAAGAGGAAAUAGAAGAUGAAGAAAUGACUAUUGAAGAUUACAUUGAUGAGAAGAUGAGCAACUGGAACCUCACAUCAGUGGAACAGAUGUAUGCAGUUUCUUGCCAGUGCCUGAAUGAAAAGAAGAGCCUGAGGCCGGAUAUUAAGAUGGUCAAGCAACACUUACAAGAAAUGUUGGUGGUGUCGUCUUAACUAGUUUUCAUUAUUGGAUAUAUUCUGUGGGGCUGCUGUAGUUCAUUUUUUAAUGAAUAUAAGUCUUAAUAUUUGUGGAUGUAUUCAAAAAAGCAUAAAGUUUACGACUGCUUUUUAAAGAAUCCAGAUAGCUUGCACAUUCUGCAUACCAUAUAUAAGUCUCUUUAAUAUCUGUACAUUAGUCAGCACUCUCCUCACUUUUGCACUCUUAAUAUUUUAAGGACAUUUAUACAAAAGAUUGUCAGGCAAUGCAAGUCCAUUCUAGUUAGGACGCAAAAAGGGUAUAACUGUUUACCAUUGCAUUAUCAGUUUUUUAAGGGAACUAUUGUAUUGUAAGUUUUAAAGAAAAUAGAAAUUGAAUACAGUUAUGUGUAGGUUUAACUUAUUUGACUAAUGGUUUAUUCCUAAUUUUUUCUUAAAUCUACCUUUUUAUGCUUAAAUCACCAAAAAUCCACAGUAAACUCACCUAUUGUUCCAUCUCAGUUUAAAAUACUGGCUGAAUUAGAAUGUUGAAGUAGCAUCUGUGAGAUUCAAGGAUCACAUAUCCACUCUGUUAGAUGAUCUUGGGCUGGUCUCACACACAUUCCCAGCCUAACCUGAUUCAGAGUUGGUGUGAAGAUAAAAUGGAGAAGAGAAUGAUAUAAGCCACAUAGGCUCCUUAUGGAGGAGCAAGGUGAAGUAUAAACAAGGUGAAUAAAUAAGAGCAAAGAGCAAAUAUAAUCAACUGAAUGCUUUCCAGAGGGUAGGGGGGAACCUAUCAUUUAGAUUUUGUCAAAGCAGCCAAGUAAAUUUCACCAGUCGCCUCUGAUUUUUGUCAAAACAAAGUUCUUUUGCUGAUAAAUGGUUUGACUUGUAUAUUUCUUCCAAAGCAUAAUCUGCUUACCAUGUUAAAAUAUUUCAUGUGCUUAUAUUUGAAUCUGGAAGUAUGGAAAGUUCAAAUUUAUAUUAUGGAUUAUGAAUCUUUUAACUGCUACCUUAAUUCUGUAUUGUAAGGUUUUGUAAAGUUAAUCCUACCUCUA